AUGAUGAUCCCAGAGGUGGUCCUGAACUCUGGCCAUAGAAUGCCAUUGAUAGGCUUCGGAACAGGCUGUGACCCUAUCCCUGCAAAUCUCACUUCUACUAUAGUCAAUGCUAUUGAGCUUGGUUACCGGCAUUUCGAUACUGCUUCCAUCUACAAGACCGAAGAGUUCGUCGGCCAAGCCAUAACCCAAGCACUGGAAAGAGGGUUGAUCGAUGAUCGUAGCGAUGUUUUCGUUACUUCGAAGCUAUGGUGCUCAGAUGCAGACCAUGAUCUUGUCCUCCCAGCACUCAAAGAAACACUCAAGAAACUUGGUCUAGAUUAUGUGGAUCUAUAUCUCAUACACUGCCCUGUGAGGUUGAAACAAGGAGCUGUGAAGCCUUUCCCUAAGGAGGAUAUCCUUCCCAUUGAUAUAAAAGGGACAUGGGAAGCCAUGGAAGAGUGUUGUAGGCUUGGCCUAGCUAAGUCCAUUGGUGUCAGCAACUUCUCGUGCAAGAACCUCUCACUUCUUCUAACUAAUUCCACCAUCCCUCCAGCCGUGAAUCAGGUGGAAAUGAAUCCUACAUGGCAGCAGAAAAAGCUGAAGAAGUUAUGCGAUGAAAACGGGAUUCAUGUAAGUGCUUGGUCUCCUUUGGGGGCAAAUGGAGCUCAUUGGGGCUCUUUCGCAGUCAUGAAGAAUCCAAUCCUUGAAGAAAUCGCAGUGACCAAGGGGAAGAGCGUUGCCCAGGUUUCACUGAGGUGGAUAAAUCAGCAAGGAGCAACUCCAAUUGUGAAGAGCUUCAACGAGGAGAGAAUGAAAGAAAAUCUCCAAAUCUUUGAUUGGGAACUUACCCAGGAAGAACUAGAUAAGAUAAGCCAGAUUCCACAGAAAAGAGGAUCUGCAGGAGAGAUGUUUGUUUCGCCAAACGGGCCUUACAAGUCAUUGGAGGAACUUUGGGAUUAGGAGGUCUAACCCCCCUCCCUCUAAGUAAGAUUUCUACUGCCUAUUCAGUUUUACAGUCACA